AUACACAUUCUCAUCCUCAUCAUCAGCAUCAGCAUCAGCAGCAUCAGGCGCUCAGCAAUCGAAAUCGGAGCACAGAUAGUGUCAGUGGUACUGCUGGUGCUGUUGCUGGAGCCGCUGCCACCGAUUAUCCGGCACUGCUGCUUGGCUACCGGUAUCCGCUGCCGCCAGGACAUGACCAUCGAUUGCACAUCGAGCAUCUUAGGCGCGCCGCCGCGGAACGAGGAGGUGUGAGGAGUCCCAGCAGCAGCAGUCCCAUGGUUAUGUCAACCAGUCGUCGCAGCUCGCCGCCGCUGCCAACGCGUCAUGCACUAAAUGCCAGCACUGGUGACCAGUCCCAGUCCCAGUCCCAUUCCCAAUCCCAAUCCCAAUCCCCGUCGCAGCAAACGCAGUCGCAGUGCAUUAGCGCCCACUUUCUGCACUUGCAGUCGCAGCUGCAUCAGAAGCUCUCUGGCAGCUACUUCCGCAAUCCGCCCUCACCGCCGGAUCGAGAACGGGAACGGGAACGGGAGCGUGAACGGGAGAGGGAGAGGGAGCGAAACAUUACGGGCGCGGGCUCAUCCCCACCAGCGUCGAGCAUGAGUACAGCGCAGCUGAAUCCGCUGAGCGACUUGCAAAAUAUGCAGCCCUUUGACUUUCGCAAAAUCAGCGCCUUUGCGGCGCCGCCCAAUGCCACCGAUUUUGUGCACCAUCAGCACCAGCAGGCGGUGCAUCUACAACAGCAGGCGGUGCAGCAGGCUGCUGUGCUGGCGCAGGCACGUCGUCGCAUUAAUGAGGCAACAACGGCUGGCGAGAAGAGCGCCGCUGUGGCAGCCGCUGCGGCAGCUGCCGCUGCUGCCGCCCAGAGCAAUCAGUUCUUCAGUGCGAUGGCCAUGGCUGGGCAUCCGCUACCAUAUCACUUGUCACUACCGCCGCCCCCACCGCCACCUCCACCACCGCCGCAGCAGCACCAGCAGCAGCAGCAACAACAACAGCAACAGCAGCAGCAGCAGCAGCAACAACAGCAGCAGCAGCAGCUAUCCAACAACAAUCAGGCAUCUGUGGCCAACAGCAGCGCAGCUGAACAUAGUCAUAACCAUGGACCGCACUCGCCGUCGAGUCAUGCUCAGGUGAACCACACAAGUCAUGGUCACAGUCACGGCCACAGUCACAGUCACAGUCACGGACAUAGUCACGGACAUAGUCACAGUCACAGUCACAGUCACGGCCAGUAUCACCAGCAUACGCACUCGCAUCCACACCACCUCAAGGCUGGGCCGCCCACAUCGCCAGAGGAUUCGAGUGUUAGUAAAUCACGUCACUUGUCCGCCGCUGCCGUUGUUGGUGACAACAAGUCAAACAGCAGCUGCUCCUCGUCGAGUGCCUCGGGCACACAGUCGGCGAGCAGUUCACAGCGGAUGACACGCCUGGCACUGGCCACCGGUUCGGGUUCGGGCUCCAGUUUGCGGGCGAGUCGUAAGUCGGGCCACUCACCGGGCGGUAAGCGGCAGUGGGGCUCGAUGCCGGCGAAUUUGGGCACACAGUUCAUCAAUCCGGUGACUGGCAAGAAGCGUGUCCAGUGCAAUGUCUGCCUGAAGACCUUCUGCGACAAGGGCGCCCUCAAGAUCCACUUUUCGGCGGUGCAUCUGCGCGAGAUGCACAAGUGCACCGUCGAUGGCUGCAGCAUGAUGUUCAGCUCGAGGCGAUCCCGUAAUCGCCACAGCGCCAAUCCCAAUCCCAAGCUGCAUUCGCCGCAUCUGCGCCGCAAGAUCUCGCCGCACGACGGACGCAGCGCUCAGCCGCAUCCGCUGCUGCUUCAGGCGCCCAACGGCAUUAUGGCCAGCCUUGGGCCCUUCGGCGGCAGUUUUCCGCUGCUGACGCCACCGCCGGACUUGCGUCAUCAUGCGCUGGGCGCCAUGGAACUAAAGCAUGGCGCUGGCCAGGAGUAUCUCCAGCGCUCCUACAUGGACAACAACAGUAUGCUGGGCCGAUACGAGGGUCAGCGUCGCAAGGCGACACUCGACCCAGGCGAUGAGGAUGAUGACGAUGAUGAAAUACUUGAGGUGGGCAUUCACAUGCCGGACGACGAUGAUGACGAUGACGAUGCGGAUGGCGAUGGUGAUGGUGAUGGCGAUGAUGAUGACGACGAUCCCGAUGGUGAUGGCAUUGUGGUUGUGGGCGAUGAACUGGACAGCAUACCCGACAAGGACAAGCACAGUCACGAUGAUUACAUACUGGACAAUGACAAUGACAAUGACAACGACAAUGAUAAUGACAAUGACAAUGACAACGAGAGCGACGAGCGCUCCACAUCAGCCAUCUCCAGUCACAGUCUCAGUCACAGUCUUAGUCACAGUCACAGCCUCAACCACAGUCAACAGCAACAGCAGCAACAGCAACAACAGCAACAACAGCAGUUCAGCCCCUGUCCAAGCAAAGCCGAGCCGGAUCCCUGCCCAGAUGCCGAUGAGCAGCACGAGGAUUCGCAGAGUCUAACGGAUUCGAGUCACGCUCACGGCCAGACGCCGGCGAGCAAGCGUAAGCGAAAGAGCCAAAAUCCUGUCCGCUGCACAGUGCAAUCCGAUGAGAAUUCGUGCGACAAUUCGUUGGAUAAUUACGAUGUGGCCGCCGAUUUGUCAAUCAAGAAGAUCAAGCUUGGCGACGAUACCGAAACGGAAGCAGACGAAACGGAUACGCCGCUGGCUGCCCAGCUGGGCGCAACAGCCAAAGAAGCCAAGGUGCUACCUAGCUCCAGUGAGUCCACAAAAGCAAUUCCCUCACCCCCACUAACGCCCUACACCAGCGAGGUGAAAUCGCUAAUUAAAACGGAGUUGGACGACGAGCAGGAAGAGAAUCGGAAUCGGAAUCUGAAUCUGAAUCGGAAUCUGAAUCGGAAUCUGAAUCGGGUGACAGGUGACCAUGAAACAAUGAUUGUUGCAUCCCAGACAGCCCAGCAUACCCAACCAGAUGCUGGCUCUGGCACACUGGAUCUAUCGCUGAACACGGCCAGCAGUUCGGCCAUAAAGCAGGAGCCGCUUGAUGAGCUGGCGCUGAGCUACGGCACCGAUACGGAUGAGAAUCGAUUUUUGCGCAUUAAGCAGGAGCUGCUCGGCCAGGAUGAGCUGCUCUAUGGUCGGCCUGGUGACGAGAAUUGCAUUGGCAGGAGCAACAAUAAUAAUAACAAUAUUUUGACUGAAAAUAUGAAGGGUGGAGACUUAAAUGGUAGCCUUAAAGCGGAGCCGGAGCCCGAGCCAGAAUUAGAGCACGAAACGGAGCCAGAACCGGAACCGGAACCGGAGCCAGAACCCGAACCAGAACCAGAACCAGAGGUGCCCAUUGACAAGGAGAAUCCAUUGAAAUGCACCGCCUGCGGCGACAUCUUUCAGAACCAUUUCCAUCUGAAGACCCACUACCAAAGCGUACAUCUGAAGCUGCACCACAAGUGCAACAUCGAUGGCUGCAACGCGGCGUUCCCAUCGAAGCGCAGCCGCGACCGCCACAGCUCCAAUCUCAAUUUGCAUCGCAAACUGUUGUCCACCAGUGACGAGCACAACAUACAGAUGCCGCCCGAUCCGCUGCUGGAGCUGAUCAGCAUCAACAACAGCAAAGCGUUUGCCGGUGGUAUUGGUGGUGGCGGUGGUGGUGGUGGUGGUGGUGGUCUUAGUGGUGCCACUGGAUCUGGUAGCCCCAUUUCUGCGGCUGGCUGCAUGCCCAGCAGCAUUCAGGCCGAGAUACUGGCACGCAUCUGUGCUGGCGCCCACGCUCACGGUCUGAACAUGCCGCUGUGCUUUGAGGCACUGCAGCAUCGGUUCGCAUCGGGUCAUGUGUCUGGUGGAUUCGGUGAUGUGAAUGCGAAUGCAAAUGCGUUUAUUGCGGCUACCGAUCCGCGCCUGCUGCUCAACCAUGGCGGCAAUCCGCUGCUCUUCCCCGGCCUGCCAAGACUACCGCGCUUCCCCCACUUGACGCCGCACAUGAUGACCGGCGCCCAAGUCCUCAGCCCGUUCUGUCGGCGCACGUCUUCCGAUUCAAACUCACAGCACUCGAUAACACCGCCGGUGAGCGCAAGGGGUUGCGAUGGUGGCUCGCUAAUGGGACUGCGGCCACGUUCCGGCUCCGGAUCCGGUUCACCCGAGUACGAGACGAACCGGCAUGGGCACACACAUAUGCACAUGCAGGCGGGCGGCGGAGAGGACGCGGAACGGAGCCAGCGGCAAUCACCCGACCGCAUAUCAUGACCAUGUACCUCGUACUAUGCCAAGGCGCUGGCAUUUUACCACUAAAAGGAUCGUCGUGGAUCGUCGUGGACAUCAAUUCAUUCAUGCAAUAUCAGGCUAAAACUAAGGACAUAAUUGCUCAUAAUACAUAAACAUAUAUCGGAGGACGAAGGACGAAGGACGAAGGAGGGAGGGCGGAUGGCGGAUGGCGGAUGGAUGAGUGGCAAAUUCGCUGCUGGCAACACUGCUGCUCAUUAUUAACAAUACUUUUACUAGGCUAAUAUCAAAUAUUUGAUGGAUCAUCUAGAUUUUUUUUUUAUAUAUAU